AUGCGCGCCCAAGACAGCCCGACGGAGGUCGCAUGCGACAAGGUGUCCCACGCCAGCAGGUCGACGUCGCCAAAGACACGGCGGGGGCCGCAGCGCAGCGCGAUGGCCGCGCAGAGCCCGACGCCCCGCAUGUCUGCGCUCGCGCGGCUCACGACGCACCUCGCGGCAACGUACGCGCGGUGUGGCCUCGCCUACAAGAGCCCGCCCAAG